AUGACACCCCUCCAUUCCUCAAAGAAGGGUAUCAGAUCAACAACCACUUACACCCGAUGGGGGGAAUCAGAGGAAUCAAUCCCAAUCCCUAACCAAACUUCUCCAGUUCGCACCAGAACCGGGGCAGUAAUCAUCCAAGUGAUAGUAACAUCCACAAUAGCUCUCACGUUGGGCCUGAUCAUCGGCCAAAGACUAUCAGUCAACAAGUGGGAUGGACUUAUACGUGAGAAACGCAUUCCCCUCAUCCAGCAGAUGAGGAAUGGAAAUAUACUGAGUCCAUCGAUCAUCUUAGUACCCCAAGGCAAUGUCAAAACAGUCUGGGAGCAUAAUCUCACCUUUUCCCAACGCCCAACGCCCGAGUCUGAAGCCGCUUGGAGUUCCAUAAUCCCAGGUAAAUUCAAAGUCAUCCCCUGCUACAUUGAUAAACACGGUUCUCUAAUGUAUACGGGUGGGGGAAAACAAGUCGGAAGAGGUUUCAUCCACCAUCCUGAAAUCGCUCCCUUCAUCUCUAACAUCGCUGUCUUUCAUCAAUUGCAUUGCUUGCACGCAAUUCUGGUGGCUUACUAUGCAGCCGUUGAGGAAUCUGACGUAGCGAAGGGCGCUCAGCGUCCGGACGAUUACCUCCAACAGACGGGAACGCGAAUGGCUCCGUCGCAUAUCCGGCAUUGUUUUGAUUAUCUCCGACAGACGUUGAUGUGUGCAGCGGAUACUAAUAUGGAGGUUUUGGAUCCUCAAACGCAUACCACGAGUGGAUGGGGGCAGGGCCGGCAGUGUCGGGACUAUGAUGAGGUCGUGAAGUGGGCGGAGAAGUGGGCGAAUUCGACGGAUACGGGAAUUGUUACUUGA